GACACCGACGCAUGCGCGCCGCACUCUCGACGAGGCGGCCGUGGCGCUGGUGGCGUCUGCUCCGGUGUCUGUGGGGACAGAGACGGUGGAAGUGCCCUCUUCGGCUCGGUUGGCCCACACUGCGUCUCAUGGCAUUGAGUGGCUUCCAUCGUCAGAUCAUUAACUGAAGAAAAAAUAAACAGCCAUGCAAAAUUCUCACAUGGAUGAGUACAGAAAUUCCAAUAAUGGCAGCACAGGCAACAGUUCAGAGGUAGUGGUAGAUCAGUCUACUGAUUUCAGUACCGAGAUUAUGAAUGUUACAGAAAUGGAACAGUCACCUGAUGGAUCUCCUAAUGUGAAUACAACUACGGAAGAAAAUGAAAUAGCAAAUACUGUGGACCUUCCAGUGACAGAAACAGAAGCAAAUUUCCCUCCAGAGUAUGAAAAGUUUUGGAAAACUGUAGAAAGUAAUCCUCAGGAUUUUACAGGCUGGGUAUAUUUGCUUCAGUAUGUAGAACAGGAGAAUCACUUGAUGGCUGCCAGGAAAGCGUUUGACAAAUUUUUCAUACACUAUCCGUAUUGCUAUGGUUAUUGGAAAAAGUAUGCAGACCUUGAAAAGCGGCAUGACAACAUUAAACAAUCAGAUGAGGUGUAUCGCCGGGGGCUUCAGGCAAUACCUCUUAGUGUUGACCUUUGGAUACAUUAUAUAAACUUCUUAAAAGAAACAUUGGACCCUGGUGAUCCUGAGACAAACAGUACAAUAAGAGGAACUUUUGAGCAUGCUGUUCUAGCUGCAGGAACAGAUUUCCGAUCUGACAGACUCUGGGAAAUGUAUAUAAACUGGGAAAAUGAACAGGGAAACCUGAGAGAAGUUACAGCUAUAUAUGAUCGUAUUCUUGGUAUUCCGACACAGCUGUACAGUCAUCAUUUUCAGAGAUUUAAAGAACAUAUACAGAAUAACUUACCUAGAGAUCUUCUAACUGGCGAGCAGUUUAUUCAGCUGCGAAGGGAAUUAGCUUCUGUAAAUGGGCAUAGUGGUGAUGAUGGUCCUCCUGGUGAUGAUCUACCAUCAGGAAUUGAAGACAUAACUGAUCCAGCAAAGCUAAUUACUGAAAUAGAAAACAUGAGACAUAGAAUCAUUGAAAUUCAUCAAGAAAUGUUUAAUUAUAAUGAGCAUGAAGUUAGUAAAAGGUGGACAUUUGAAGAAGGUAUUAAAAGACCUUAUUUUCAUGUGAAACCAUUGGAAAAGGCACAACUGAAGAACUGGAAAGAAUACUUAGAAUUUGAAAUUGAAAAUGGGACUCAUGAACGAGUUGUGGUUCUCUUUGAAAGAUGUGUCAUAUCAUGUGCCCUCUAUGAGGAGUUUUGGAUUAAGUAUGCCAAGUAUAUGGAAAAUCAUAGCAUUGAAGGAGUGAGGCAUGUCUUCAGCAGAGCUUGCACAAUUCAUCUCCCAAAGAAACCCAUGGUGCAUAUGCUUUGGGCAGCUUUUGAGGAACAGCAGGGUAAUAUUAAUGAAGCCAGGAAUAUCUUGAGAACAUUUGAAGAAUGUGUUCUAGGAUUGGCAAUGGUUCGUUUGAGAAGAGUAAGUUUAGAACGACGGCUUGGAAAUAUGGAAGAAGCUGAACGUUUGCUUCAGGAAGCCAUUAAAAAUGCCAAAUCAAAUAAUGAAUCAUCAUUUUAUGCUAUCAAACUAGCCCGACAUCUUUUCAAAAUACAAAAAAACCUUCCAAAAUCAAGAAAGGUGCUUUUGGAAGCUAUUGAAAGAGACAAAGAGAACACAAAGUUAUACCUCAAUUUACUUGAAAUGGAAUAUAGUGGUGACCUCAAACAAAAUGAAGAAAAUAUCCUAAAUUGUUUUGACAAAGCUAUACAUGGUUCAUUACCUAUGAAAAUGAGAAUUACAUUUUCUCAGAGAAAAGUGGAAUUUCUUGAAGAUUUUGGUUCAGAUGUUAAUAAGCUUCUGAAUGCUUAUGAUGAACAUCAAACACUCCUAAAAGAACAGGAUUCUUUAAAAAGGAAAGCAGAAAACGGAUCAGAAGAACCAGAGGAAAAGAAAGCACACACAGAAGAUACAACUUCAUCAUCUACACAGAUGAUUGAUGGUGAUUUACAGGCAAAUCAAGCUGCGUAUAAUUAUAGUGCCUGGUAUCAAUACAAUUAUCAGAAUCCUUGGAAUUAUGGACAGUAUUAUCCUCCCCCUCCAACCUGAUGGGAAAAUUAAAUAUCAGAUGGAGUGUGUGAAAAGUUUGAAAUUAUUUUUUUUUAAUGAGGGAUGUAAACAUAGCAUAAGCUUGUUGUAUUUGAUAACUUGUCUUCCCUGUUUCUGUGUAACAUGAUUUGUUCAGUAAUAGGGGAAAAUGUCACUUAGUAGCUUACGACAGAUACUAUUUCCUACCAUUUAUAAAAUUUACUUUUUAUUGGAGAACUAUUUUUUUGAUUUUUGCAUUAAGUGGUCUAGAAUUCUUUUGCAAUGCAUUUGCAACAGAGUUUUGUAGCCUUAAGGGUAGGGAAAAAAAAACUGACUGCAAAUCAUGUCAGUGUAGUACAAGAUUCUGAAAAUACAUAAGGGCUGGUUAUUAAGGAUUUACCUCCUCCUUAAAAAAAAAGCUUUUUAACCUUUGCUGACAAGAUAUUGUCUGUGUGGUUCAAUUAUCCUUGUGAAUUUGGAUCGAACAGCAGAAGAUACCUAUUAAAAUACUGUCUUGGAAUAGAGAUUAUAAAUGAGGAAAUGGAAUGUUUGCAUCCCUUUAAAAAAAUGAAAAUCAUAUCAAAACUGUUGUUUCAGGAGACUUUGUAUUUGGAAUAUUCAUGUAAAACUUGUGAGCAAGCUUUCAUUUUGAUCAAACUGAUCAUCUUCAUUUUUGUAAUAAAACUGAAGACUCAUCCAA